AAAAGAUUGCUAUUGCUAGUUGAACUGGUAGCUGAUGAUACAUACCCUGCGUUAUCUGCACUCGAAAAAUCGCGGGCGCGUCUUGGUUUUCGGAAAACUGGAUUCUCCUGAAAACUCCUGCUCUCAGUUUUCUUCCACUUAAAUACAAUUUAAAUACAAUGAUGGCUGCUCCACCCAACAUCGCGCAUUUGGCGCCUUGGAUCUGCAAAACAACAGAAUGCAUGAAAUUAAGCUUAGUGCAACCACAAAUAGAUUAUCAGGAUUCUGAACCUACGACCGACACAACUUUUGAACCUACUUUUACAUAUCCAAUCUUUGGUGAACAAGAAGUCGUAUUUGGUUAUAAGGGUCUUUCCAUUAAGAUUUCAUAUACAUCGGGAUCGCUUCGCAUUUAUCCUCGCAUUAAUUAUGAACAGAAAUAUCAGCCGAGCUCGUCAUCAUCGGCCUCCGCAGAACCAGAAGGUGCAGACGACGUGUCUAAUAUGCUUUUAGACUUUUUACCCAAGCAAGAUUGCUUUUCUAAUUAUGACGAGUUUGUGCGCGCUGUGCAAGAAGACGCCGAAACGUUCCGGCCUAUUGGCGAAAAAAUUCACGAAUAUACGCGUGAAUCAAGCGACAGUGGUGAAGAGGAACAUUUCGAAAUAUAUAGAGCAUCGUUUGCAGACGAGCGGUUCAAGCAAUACCAUCGACGAAUGCAGUUUUUUGUAUUGCUGUUCAUUGAGGGAUCGAGUUAUAUUGAGGAAGAUGACGAAAAAUGGGAGAUUUACAUAAUGUUCAAGCGUCAAAAUGUCGGAGGAUCGACCAUUUAUCAUUUUAUGGGUUACUGUACGACGUACCCCUUCUUUUACUGGCCUGAAUGCACACGUCUCCGAAUCAGCCAAUUCUUGAUUCUUCCACCUUAUCAGCAGCAAGGACAUGGCAGUGAAUUGUAUCGAAUCAUUUAUCAAACCUGCAUGGCACGAAGUGAUGUCAAAGAGCUUACGGUGGAGGAUCCAAGUGAAGCGUUUGCAGAUAUGCGGGAUCGAAACGAUAUGCGUUACUUGAACAGUCAUAACGCUUUUGAUAAAUUGAUUGCACCUGUUCCCAGAAAGGUAAUGAAGGAAAUGCGCCAAAAAUAUAAAUUGACAGAUCGGCAAAUGCAAAGAUGCGUUGAAAUGUAUUUGCUGUCUCGCGUAAACAGAUUACAAAAAGAAGCAUACAGAUUAUUCCGACUUCAAGUAAAGCAACGAUUAUACUUGUUCAAUUUGGAUGCUUUGCGCGACUUGGACCCAGAGGAUCGAAAAGAAAAACUGGAUCUAACAUUUGAGAACGUGAUCGAGGACUACCAUCGCUUGUUGGAAAUGAUUUAAAUAAAAAUAAACUUGCUGUACAUAUACUAUAUAUAUUUAUUGCUUCUAAGAAGGCUUCACUAUUAGCUUUCUGGCUGUUGUAUUGUAAGUAGUAUUGUGAUAGUAUGUUUCGCUUGAUGUGCUC